AUGGUAGUGAACGAGGCCGACGAUGCGAAGGCUAGCGCUUCCCUGGCUCGGCUGCGGCUGUUCCUGUCGUCGCAUGCCCCCAACGGACCAGUUCUCGUGGACGACGAUGAUGAAGAAGAAGAAAGUGGGCGACGAGCCACCAUCCCUGCUGCAGGAGCCGUGGCCAGUGUGACGCCCAUGAGUCAGUCGUCAAAGGAGUUCGCGCGCGUCAAGUACCUACUGCAGUGCUCGUUGCCGGGGUACCGAGUUCACGAGGGCGUUGUGAUCUGGGAUAUGCGGAACCCGUCGCUAGUGGCACAGUAUGAGCAACACACGGCGGGGUUACUGGAGCUCGAGUCUUGGGUCGCCGUGAACGAUCUCGGCGCCGACAUGGGAGACGUGCACAGCUAUGGCUUUACGUCGCUGGAUGCCAACCAGACAGGCAUGAAGUUCACGACAGGGAACCUUCAGCUCAGCGCGCCUCUGGAUGCUGCAUCCGAAGCAAAGAAGCCGUCGAGUACUCGGCAGCUAGUGCUCUGUAAGAUUGCAGUGGGGCGAUCUCUUGUCAUUCGAGACGAGGAAGAAGCUAAAGCACGCCUUCCGCGUGGCUACCACAGCUACUACCUGCACCGCGAGGACGAAGGUGGCUCUAGCGAGAAGGACCAGGACGUCCAAGCCGCGCUGCUGGACCGGGGUUAUUAUCACGAGUACAUCCUCAACAACACUCUCCAAGUUUUGCCGCAGUACCUCGUGAAAUUCACCUUUUCGGCAGCGGAUGCCCACGGGCCUGCUGUAGGACCGUGUGCUCUGUGUGAACAGCACCCCGCUGUUGUUAUCUGCCGCAACUGCGAGGCUCAGAUCUGCGCUCACUGUGAUCAAGAGGUCCACUCGGCCAACAAGUUGGUGCGGCGCCACAAGCGUAUACCAUUGCGUAGUAAAUCCAAGGCGUUGGCUAGUGGUGGUGCCAGACGUGGACGUCGUCGUAGUUCGACACCUGCUCUUGCCGCUGCCAUCGCGGAUAUCGUAGUGGAAAACCUGUCGAGUCUACCGUUGUCUCCAGACCCAACAGAAGCGCAGAUAAAUGAGAUCGUCGCCAAGCAGAUGGAGGAAGGUCUGCUAGCCGACGAUACACAGACACCAACGUGCCGUACUCACCGCGGCAAGAAAGUCGAGUUCUACUGCUCUGUAUGCCAAGUUCCCGUGUGUGUCAGCUGCAAAAUGUUGGGAGACCACUCGAUCGGAGAGAGGGGAUCCCACCGACUGCUGACUGUAGCGGACGCGUACGAGAGCUGCCUACGCGAGUCCUUGAGGCCAGACCCUCUUAUCACAUCGCGCAAGACCGUGAUCGAGAACAAACUGCAGUUUUUGACGCGGGUGCAGCGCAGCGUGCAAGAAAACAAGGCCCAAGUCGCGGCUGCGAUCAAGGAGCAGUGUGCGCGCGCUCUGCGGAACUUGGACGACGCAGUUUCGGUGAAGAUGCACGUGCUUUCAGGUGAAGCGCUCGAAUUCGAGCGUCAACUGCAGCAGAUCGACUGGGUGGACGAAAGUCUCGAGGAUCAUCGAACACUUCUACCUGCAGUGGAAUUUCUGUCUGCCUGGAGUCAACACAAGCUGCUUCGAGCUGAACAGCGCGACUUCCCUCCGUUUGCACACGGCUCCAAUAACAGCGCGGAACAAGUGAAAGCCGACCUACAGCUGACAGGUGAACUCCGCGUCAUGACCGCGGAUCAGUUGGCGAUACCGCGCCACCGACACUCGUACACGUCUGGCGACUCUGACCCUGCUACUACUGAGGUCGACAACGCUGCCGCUGGUAAUCAGGGCGGCCACGCCGACGGGUCACAAGUGGAGCUAAAGGCAGCCGCACUACUGGCACAGCAUCGACGCAAUGGUGACAACGAAGUGCUGCGUAAGCGCUUGCUGAGCAUGAAAGCCGCACUACCAACGGAUCCAAACGCAGGCGCCUUGAUGGCGUCACGGCGCAUCGUGUCACCGAAAUGCCAGCAGCUGCUGGACGAGAUCCGCCACGACAUGCUCGUCCAAAACAGCGCCAAAAAGAACCCUAGCGCUGCAGCAUCACCUCGCGGCGCUGGGUCUCCUCACUCUCGCUUCGGCAUUCCGCUGGUGGGGCUGGCGAAUCGAAUGGCAGACUCCACGGCCACGUUGCGAGCGUUCUCGGUGCAGCCGAACGCCAAGAAAACCUCCGAAGACGGCAACGAGACGCGCUCUCCUGCUCAGCGCCAGCGCCGCGGCACCAGCGCAUGGUCGACACUGCUGCGCCGCGAAAUGGGGCUCAAUGACUAG